ACAUUUUUAUUUUAUUUAUUUGUUCAAGGAUGUCAAAAGAGAAUGUUACCAACAACAUCCAAGUUGAAAUGGGCGCGUAAAAUCUGCUUCAGAAAGUGUGAAUGUUUUCAGAACAGGGUCGUUUCGGUCCGAUGCAAGACUCUCGUCCCAGAUAAUAUAACGUGAAAUAAUGUGUAAAAUUUUGAAAUACUAUUUAUGUCAUGUGUAAGUCUAGGAAGUCUUAAAAUGAAAUAUACUCAUCUUACUUGAAAUAAGGUCACACUAUGCAUAGUUAUUUAUUUGGCAGGUCUAAUUAAGAAAUGAGAGAAAAAAACAUAAUUCAUGGUUUGCCAGCAGUUAAAGGAACUUAAAGCUGUUGGAUUUAUUAAUUAGGUGUCACAGGAUUGUUUUUGGUUAUGUGCUGGUCAAAGGGCCUAUCCUGGGAAGCAAUGAUAAAAUCAAUGUAAUUCUAACUAACAAGUUGACCUGUGUGCCAUGGUUAUCGCUGAUGCUGAAAGUCCUGGUCCAAUGAAAAAGAGGCCGCGAUUGUCUCUCAAGGUCCACAAGAACAAUGACAGCAAAGAGGACACCAAAAUCGAAGAGCCGGAGACGGCACCAGCCGAGGAUGAAGAGGGCCAUAAAGCUGAUAAGGAGAUAAGUUUGGAUGAUUCCGUUGUGGCGUGCAACUCCAAAUCUGUGGUACCUGCAGCAGCAUCUUUAGAAAAUUUGGGUAAUACCUGUUUUCUGAACAGUGUGCUUCAAGUGCUAAGAUACACACCAGGUUUUCUGCCUGGGUUAGAACUCCUAUAUCAAGAAAUUGUGCAGGUUGAAAAGAUCAGAAAACAAGAUGUACUAAACAAAGAGGAUUCCAGUGUAUUUGACCCUUUGGAAGCCAAUAAGAGCAUACAUCUUGUGAAAGAUUUGUAUAGGCUGUAUAAAAAUAUGGAGCGGCGAGAAGAGAACCAUGAAGAAAUGGCAACCUCAGAUGUUAUGUCCAUGGCAGUCAAACCCCAGAAACUGCUCAACAUCAUCAGGGAGCUGAACCCAAUGUUUGAGGGAUGUCUGCAGCAUGAUGCCCAGGAGCUCCUCAGGUGCAUAUUAUCUUACCUUCAAGACUCGGAGAAAGACCUCUUCAGCAUCAAGAAAAAUGUCUGUGAAAAGUUGCCAAAAAAGAAUAAUGAGCCGCCAAAAAACUCCAUCAUGGAUCACUUCCUUUCAAGGUGUACGAGGGUAAAGCCAGAGAGCGGCCCCAAAAAUGUAUUUCACCGGCCAGAUAUUUUGGAUCAGAUUGAACAGAGCGAGGCAGCCAAAACCAGUGUUACCCACAGCACCACACCAGUGGAGGCAGAUACCGCUUGUCAGGUGCAGAAAGAGGUGUUAAAUACAGAGACCAUGAUCACACCAAAGCUCAAGACAGUAACACCCAGGAGGAGAAAGGCAAAUGAUGAACAGGAAUCUCAUAAAAAGGCUGAGAACAGCAGGAAAGUCCAAAGACCAAAUACUCCCAGGGCAAAGAAAGCAAUGGAUGAAUUAGACGGUGAUGCAGGUUUUGCGUUAAAAAACAAUGAAAAGAGGAAUAAGAAUUGUCAAAUUAAUGGUGUAGAUGUAGGGGAGGAAGAAAAUAUGGACAUUGACUGUAACAUAAAUGUUAAUUCUGAAAAUGGUAAGGUGAAUGGGGAGGAGGAUAAAAAUGAAAAGAAGGGGAAACAGCAGACAAUUCUUGGAAUGUUUCAAAACCAAAGGACGUGUAAAAGACUGGGUAUGAGUCGUUCUGUAUUGAGAAAUACCACCACAAAGCCUGGCACACCUCAUCCAGGAAAUGGAGUCCCCCUCAAUGGGGAGAAUAAAUCCAAUCAAGAUAAAGGGGAGGAGGUGGUGAAGUGUAGGUCCACCCCAAAUGUUGGGAAUUCUGUGAGUGGGUCUCCAGCGAAGAGCCACUCCUCCCCUGUCGUCAAAUUAGAAAAAUGUGACAAAGUCUGUAAUAGUCCCCUGAAGUCGGUUAGUGCUGAACUGGCCACCCAGAAAUUAUCACCAAGUAAAUCUACCUCUUCGCCAUCCAAGGCAAAUCCAAAACUGGCUAAACAGAAACUUGAUUUUGUGGUCAUACCUAAAAAUAAAGCAAGUACUAAUGUGAAUUUGAAAGCAACCAAAACAAACUUCAUAGAAAAUUUGUUUAUGGGGAAAAUGAUGUUGCGUACAAAAUGUUGUGAGUGUGAAAAUUGCAGGGAGCGGAUCGAGGAUUUUCAUGACAUAAGUGUACCAGUUCGUAGUGAGAAAGUCGAGGAAAGUGAUGAUGAGGAAGAAAAGGAGGAAGACAGUGACUCGUGCUUGAGGAAGCUGAUGUUUGCAUUCACAGAGGUAGAACGCCUGCAGGCAGACAACAAGUAUUUCUGUGACACCUGUUUGACUCACGUGGAGGCUGAGCGAUCUCUGCAUUACCAGGGGCUUCCCAACAUCCUGACAUUACACCUCAAACGAUUCUCUACUAGCUCAGGAAUGUUUGGCUACGUAUCCAAGAUAAAUGACCAUGUGUCCAUACCGCUGUCUCUCCCUUGUCUGAGGUACAAGUGUCCCAGCCCCUGUAGUAGGCCUGACCAUAGGUAUUUGUUAUAUGCAAUUAUCACUCAUGCUGGAGUGACCUUGACCUCGGGACACUACCUUUCCUAUGUCCAUGUGCCAAAAACUAAUAGUUCCACUUGUCCCUUUUUGUCCAUCACCGGUCAGCAUUACCCCGGACAAUGGCUCGAGUGUGACGACGAAACAAUACGAGUCCACGACGAGGAAAAAUUCAGUCACAUGUUACGUGGGGAGGAUGGUUCUCUGAUGGGGACACCCUAUGUCUUGUUCUACUACCGCAAUACGCCCGUGUCUUCUUGGUCGCAACGAUAAUGACCUUAGUUUAAUGUUAGAAAUAACAUUUUUUUUAUUUAAUUGAUUGACAAUGACUUAACAGGGAUUUUAUGAAUUCUAAAAAUUUUUUCUGGUUGUUUAACAACAAUAAAAGUGUUAAAAUAUUGAAUAUUU